UAGUUGCGAGUUCUUUGACCGUUUUGUUCUCAUAGCGAUACCGAGGCGCUUCGAGUUAGAGAAGCAAAGAACACCAUUUGUUCACAAUCAUAUACACGUAUCCGUAUAGGCUUUGGUUGUCUUCAUGUACUAAAAUUAGAAGCACCAGGGAGAACAGUAUACUUUCGAGAAAGAGCAGACUUUGGCUUAACACUGUAAACCCCGUUUAGUGCAGACUGCAGCGAAGAAACCGAGACUGCAAGUUAACAGUGGCUGGAGGCAGAUGGCAUAACCACCAUCCACUUUUAAAUAGUCGAAGAUGGCAACGUUGGAAUGAAGGAUCCUUUAGUAAGAAGGAAUUUGAUUGAUGGUUUGCUCUUUAGUUUCCACUGACCUUGUCGCCAUCUGUCCUUUUGCUUCUGCUUGACUUCACGCUCCUUUGCUUUCCCCUGCCCUUUUCACAUUCAACGCCCAGGAUCCUUUUCUUCUUUUAUAUUGAUCGUGGAGGCCUUCUUGCAGUAAACGAGCAAUCCAGGAGGGCUCUUGAUUGAGAAGGAAUGCGGGCAGUGCUUGAUUGAAGUGUUCACAUCUUUGUUGUCCUGAUGGAUUCACCGUCUCCUGUUCAUCUUUCAAAGCAAUGGGUAACCCGAAGGCUAUCUCUAUGCCUUUUCUUCGUGUUCCUCUCUCAAUGCUGCAGAAUAGCGUUGGCAAACUCUACCUAUUUAAUUGGUCUCGGAAGCUAUGAUAUAACUGGACCUGCAGCGGAUGUCAACAUGAUGGGUUAUGCUAAUGCUGAACAGACUGUCUCUGGAGUUCACUUUAGGUUACGAGCCAGGACAUUCAUUGUUGCCGAACCUGAUGGCAAGCGAAUUGUAUUCGUGAAUAUUGAUGCCUGCAUGGCGUCGCAGCUUGUUACUCUUAAAGUGCUUGAGAGACUCAAAUCAAGAUACGGUGACCUUUAUAAUGAGCAAAAUUUAGCUAUCAGUGGCAUUCAUACUCAUGCUGGUCCAGGGGGAUACCUUCAAUAUGUUGUAUAUAUUAUCACAUCUCUUGGAUUUGUUCGUCAAUCAUUUGAUGCAAUAGUUGAUGGCAUUGAGAAAAGCAUUGUACAAGCUCAUGAAGGCCUUCGUCCUGGGAACAUUUUUGUGAACAAGGGUGAGCUCCUUGAGGCUAGCAUAAACCGCAGUCCUAGUGCUUAUCUAAAUAAUCCUCCAGAAGAACGAAGCAGGUAUAAAUAUGAUGUAGACAAGGACAUGACACUGCUGAAAUUUGUGGAUCUUGAGUGGGGCCCUGUUGGAAGCUUCAAUUGGUUUGCAACACAUGGAACCUCCAUGAGUCGCACAAAUUCAUUAAUAAGUGGUGACAACAAAGGAGCAGCUGCACGCUUUAUGGAAGACUGGUUUGAGCAGAUAGACACCCUGGAAAUGUCUAAAAGGAUGCAUUCUGAGUACAGAAACCAGCCAAACAGCAUUCCUCGGAGAGUCUCAAGCAUGCUUCCUGAUCAGCAAGAAGAUGAGUUGAUGAAGCUGGCAUCUGUCUUUCAAAGUCCCGGGGGAAUGACUUCAGAUAGUUCUUUAAGUGUUACCAAGCGGGUCCGAAGCUCUUUUAAGUCAAGUAACAGACCAAGUUUUGUUGCUGCAUUUUGUCAAUCAAAUUGUGGUGAUGUAAGCCCAAACGUGCUUGGUACAUUCUGCAUAGAUACAGGACUGCCAUGUGAUUUCAAUCAUAGUACCUGCAAUGGGAAGAAUGAGUUAUGCUAUGGCCGUGGUCCAGGCUACCCGGAUGAGUUUAACAGCACAUAUAUUAUUGGAGACAGACAAUUUAAAAAGGCAGUGGAAUUGUUUCAUUCAGCAUCUGAACAGUUGAAAGGGAAGGUUGAUUUUCGUCACACCUAUUUGGACUUCUCAAAGCUGGAGGUCACUGUUACCUCUAAUGGUCUUGGUGCCAAUCAAGAGACUGUGAAAACAUGCCCUGCUGCAAUGGGCUUUGCUUUUGCUGCAGGAACCACAGACGGGCCUGGAGCUUUUGACUUCAAGCAAGGGGAUGACCAAGGCAAUCCUUUCUGGAAGUUGGUGAGGGACGUACUGAAGAUGCCAAGCAAAGAACAAAUAAGCUGUCAACAUCCAAAGCCAAUUUUGCUUGAUACUGGAGAAAUGACUCAGCCAUAUGCAUGGGCUCCUUCCAUUCUUCCGAUACAAAUUCUUCGAAUAGGGCAGCUGGUCAUUCUCAGCGUGCCUGGAGAAUUCACUACAAUGGCAGGGAGGCGCCUCCGCGAUGCUGUGAAAGCAGUGCUGAUAAAUGCAGGCAACAGGGAAUUUGAUGAAAAUACUCAUGUCGUUCUUGCUGGGCUUACAAAUACCUAUUCACAGUAUGUGACCACCUUUGAGGAGUACCAGAUUCAACGAUAUGAGGGAGCUUCUACCUUGUAUGGUCCGCACACACUAAGUGCAUACACUCAAGAGUUCAAGAAGCUUGCAACAGCACUUGUAUCUGGCACGAUUGUCCAGCAAGGACCUCAACCUCCUGAUCUUCUCGAUAAACAGUUAAGUCUGGUCCCGCCUGUUGUAGUUGACUUGACUCCCAUCGGUGUCAAGUUUGGUGAAAUAAGAACAGAUGUACCCCAGAGUUCUAGUUACAGAAAAGGUGACAAGGUGGCUGUCUCGUUCUGGUCUGCCUGUCCGAGGAAUGAUCUCAUGACUGAGGGAACUUUCUCCUUGGUGGAAGCAUUGGAUGACACCAGGACCUGGAUUCCAGCAUAUGAUGACGAUGAUUUCUGCUUGCUCUUCCAAUGGUCACGGCCUGCAAGACUUAGUGGUGUCAGUCAUGCGACAAUCGAAUGGAGUAUUCCAGAAACAGCUGUUCCAGGUGUGUACAGGAUUAGUCAUUUCGGUUGUGCAAAGAGCAUCUUUGGGUCGAUGCAUCAUUUCAGUGGAUCAUCCAGUGCCUUCGUUGUGCUUUAAACUUGGCCUCUUCCCAGAGAGGCCACCUCUUGAUGCAUUACAGAAAUUGGUUGCUCUGUAUACGCUUUUACCAAAUUCAUAUGUAAAGACUUCGGAUGUAUAUUGUAUUUGCUUUCAUAUUUUCAGUUACUCAGUCA